UCCAGGCUCCAGACAGGGCAGUGACAGGACAGAGCCUUGGUGGGGAAAGAUGGCCGUCUGUCAGCACCAGAGCCCGGCAGCUGUUUUCCCAGAGAAGGCUGACCCUUCCCGUCCCUGAGGGAAGCCUGGAGCGCUCCCCCUCCCCCGACGUUGGCUGCGACUGAGGCAGUGAGGGCUGGCCCCGCUAGCCUAGCCGUCCUAGCCGUCUUCGGGCCCCACCUCAGAGGCCGUGGGGCUCCAGGCCAAAAAGAUGGCGUGUUUGUAGUUCCUGAGACAUGUGACCGCGGGCCGCCCAGCCGGGCCCUGAGGCUGAGACUGUAAUGGUGAUCGCCUCUCCUCCCUGAGCUCCUUAUCCCUCUCAGAGCCGGCUCUGCCACAGUCCUCUCCUGAAGCCUGUGGAGUCUUCUCACUCGCCGGACGAGCUGGAAGGAAGUCCUGAGAGGGUCCCCACUGCAGCGCAGCAGCCAUGAGCCUGGUGGCCUGCGAGUGCCCUCCUGGCCCUGGCCUGGAGCCUGAGCCUUGCUCCCGAGCCCGGUCCCAGGCCCGUGUGUACCUGGAGCAGAUUCGCAAUCUGGUGGCUCCCGGGGCCUCUGACAUGACCAAGCGUGACUACCUGGUGGAUGCAGCCACACAGAUCCGGCUGGCCCUGGAGCGUGAUGUCAGUGAGGACUACGAGGCAGCCUUCAACCACUACCAGAACGGCGUGGACGUCCUGCUGCGAGGCGUGCACGUUGACCCCAACAAGGAGCGAUGUGAGGCCGUGAAGCUGAAAAUCACCAAGUACCUGCGGCGGGCGGAGGAGAUCUUCACUUGCCACCUGCAGAGGACCCUGGGAGAUGGAGCCAGCCCUGGCACGGGUUUCAGCAGCCUGAGGCUCCGGCCCAUUCGCACACUGAGCUCUGCUCUGGAGCAGCUGAGGGGCUGCAGGGUGGUUGGGGUCAUCGAGAAGGUGCAGCUGGUCCAGGACCCAGCAACCGGAGGGACCUUCGUGGUGAAGAGCCUUUCCAGGUGUCAUGUGGCGAACCGGGAGCGGCUGACCAUCAUCCCGCAUGGCGUCCCCUACAUGACCAAGCUGCUUCGGUACUUCGUGAGUGAGGAUUCUAUCUUCCUGCAGCUGGAGCACGUGCAAGGAGGCACUCUCUGGUCCCACCUGCUCUCCCAGAAGCACCCCCAACAACCUGGGCUCAGGUCUGGCUCCACCCCAGAAAGGACGAAGUCUUCACUCAACUCACCCCUCGGCCUCCAGACCCCAGCGCUGCUCCCCCUGGGCCCCACCCACCUGCAGGACAGGAUCCUUCUGGAGCCUCCACGGACUUCUCGGAGUCUUUCCCCAGCCAGGGAGGCCCCAUCCAUCACUCCAUGGAGAGAGACCGAAGGUGACCCCUCGGCCAGGACCCAUACCUCCUGCCCCUCGGACCUUCUGAAGGCCCCAGGUGGCCGCCUGCACCUCCAAACUGGGCGAGGACCUGGCCAGAGCUCGGACAUGAGGCCCUCUUGGGGGCUCCCUUGGGUUCAUCAGGGGGCUGUCCGGGUGCUGGGGGCCUGUGGCCGAGGCCGAAGCCAGAGCCGCCCCUUAGCAGAUCGGGCCAGCCCGGGGUGCGGCAGGGGUGCCUGGUGUGUGAAGGAAGAGCAGGUGAAGCGGUGGGCUGCCGAGAUGCUGGUGGCCCUGGAAGCACUGCACGAGCAGGGGGUGCUGUGCCGAGACCUCAAUCCCCGGAACCUGCUUUUGGACCAGGCAGGUCACAUCCGGCUCACGUAUUUUGGCCAGUGGUCAGAGGUGGAGCCUCACUGCUGCAGGGAGGCUUUGGACAAUCUCUACAGCGCCCCAGAGGUGGGGGGGAUCUCUGAGCUGACGGAGGCCUGUGACUGGUGGAGCUUUGGGUCUCUGCUGUAUGAAAUGCUGACUGGAACUGCACUGUCGCAGAGCCACCCCUCGGGAAUCCAGCCCCAUACCCAGCUCCAGCUGCCUGAAUGGCUCAGUCACCCAGCGGCCUCUCUGCUGACUGAGCUGCUGCAGUUUGAUCCUGCCCGGCGCCUGGGUGUCAACAAGCUCAAGGCCCACCCCUUUUUCAGCACUACCCAGUGGAGCAAACUGGUGGGGGGCAAGGACGUUUCCAACUGUGUCCCCACUACCAACAGCACCUAGAGAAUGGAGCUCGAGGACCACUCCAGAUGAAGGAGCAAGCCACCUCAAUUCCAUGGUCUUCACACUUUACUUUGUAUCAAUCAUCUGCAGUUUCUGCUUCAUUAGGUCUGAGAAGGGGUCAAAGAAUUCUGCAUUUCUAACAAGUUCCCAAAUGAUGCGGACAAACACCAUUUGAGGAUCAAUGCCUUAGCUAUUAAGGAACUAAGAGAUGGGACACCUGGAUGGCUCAGCAGUUGAACUUUACUUUCACCUCAAGGCGUGAUCCUGGGGUUCAGGGAUCAUGUCCCGCAUCAGGCUCCGUGAGGGAAGCCUGCUUUCCUCUGCCUGUGUCUCUG